UAUUUAGAAAAUGUAAAUGAAUUAUGAAGCUUUGAUCAAUGGUAUAAUUAAAAUGAUUACACAUAGAUUAAGAAUAAAAUAAUUAAAUGGUAAGAAAUCAAUGAGUAGAAUUUGUGGAAAUUAUAUUCAAAUAAAGAUGGAUAUAUAGUGGAUAUAAAGAAGAAUCCAGAAAUGGAAUAGCAAUGAAUAGAAAUAGCAAAAACACCAGAUCAAAUACUUGAUUUGGUAGGAGAUGUGAAUAAAAGACCAUUAUAUGAUAUUAUAUGAUAAGAAGAUUGAAACUGUAUAAUAAUAGAUUUAUCACAAUAGGCUUAUGUAAUUGAACAAAUACAUGCAAAUGCAAGAAUUAUUUAUGUGAGAAUUAAACCACCCAUUCCUUUUAUGAGUAGCAGAGAUUUAGUGAUGGUUUAAAAGGUUUAUAAAUAAAAUAAUGGGA